GUGAAGUAUUUUCUGCGCUUGAUGCUUUUCUUGGAAAACGAGGACCGCAAAGGUGCGAAGGGUGCAUCGACCUGGGUCGGAUGUACAACAAUGUUCGCGUACAAGUAUUUGUUUGUUAUUUAUAUAGUUUUUAGUCCUGCUAAUUCUACACUGUCAAAGUCUAAAAAGAAAAAAGAUACGUGCACGAAAGAUAGCUGUAAAGAGAUUGCGAUACUGAGCGGCCCAAGGCCUGAAAAUGUGCUUUCAAAAAAUUUAGUAGCAACAACCGUUAAGUACACUGAUAUUUUAAAGUAUUACCAAUCAUAUGAUAGUGACGUACUAAAUACGCAAUUUGAAGGUGCUGUUUUAGGCUAUGUUACGCCGUGGAACAAUCAUGGGUAUGACGUUGCAAAGACAUUUGGUAAAUUUACCAUCAUUUCACCUGUGUGGCUUCAGAUUAGACGAAAAUCAAAUGGAGAACUCUAUAUUCUGGGUACACAUGAUAUAGACCGAAACUGGUUAAAAGAUGUCCGUUACAUAAACAGUAAGGUUCAGAUCUUACCCAGGUUGUUAUUUGAACAGUGGUCGAUGGAUAAUUUUAUGGAAAUAUUUUCAAAUCAGGAGAAGAUGUAUAGUUUGGUUAACUUUAUGGUAAACUUUAUUGAAGAGCAAGAAUUUGAUGGAAUGGUAUUAGAAAUUUGGUCACAAUUUGGUGGUCAUUAUAAAGCAGAGUUGACAGGUCUUGUGAAAGAAUUAGGCGAAGCCAUGAUGGCAAAGCGUUUGAAGUUUAUUUUGGUCAUACCGCCACCUUUAGCAAGCAUAAAUUCACUUGGAAUGUUUACAAAGGACGAUUUUGAUUUGCUUGCACCAAUGGUGGAUGGAUUUAGUUUAAUGACAUAUGAUUAUCCACAUUAUAGUAGACCUGGAGCAGUGGCACCAUACGAAUGGAUUCGACAAUGUGUACUCUCGCUGACACCAGUUAAAAAUCAUUUUCGUCAAAAGAUACUUCUGGGAUUAAAUUUUUAUGGGUAUAUUUAUAAAGAUCAAACUGCUGAACCUAUUGUUGGACACAGUUACAUUGAUAUCUUAAGACGUGAGAAACCAAGAUUAAAAUGGAGUAACGAUGAUAAAGAACACAAGAUAGAAUACAAGGAGAAAAAAUCAAAAGUCACAUUGUAUUUUCCAACUCUACUGUCCAUUCAAACCAGAAUAAAUCUUGCAAAAGAACUGGGCACCGGUUUAUCAAUAUGGGAAAUUGGACAGGGCCUGGACUAUUUUUAUGAUUUAUUGUAGUUUUUAAGAACAAAAUAGAUAUUACAAACACCA